AUGGCUCCUCUCAACGUGAUCGCAGUUGCCCUGUUAGGCUGCUUGUCCAGCCUUGCAGUAGGAGCACCUACUCCAACCAGCAACGAGGCGAAGCUGCUGGGAAAGCGCGCAAAUAUCAAUGACAAUGGAGGCACUAAUGGCGGUGCAGGUGGCACAACCACCACUGUCUCCUCGUAUGCUGAAUUCACAGCCGCAGUCUCCGGUGAUUCCGCCAAGGUAGUCAUUGUGAGCGGACCGAUCACCAAGACCGCUGACCAAGUGCGCGUGGGAAGCAACACGAGCAUCAUCGGCAAGGAUGCGAACGCCAUCUUGACCGGGUUUGGUCUCUUGGUGAAAGAGAAAAAGAACGUUAUCAUCCGCAACCUCGGUGUGAAGAAGGUGCUUGCCGAUAACGGCGACGCCAUUGGCGUUCAGAAAUCAACCAACGUAUGGAUUGACCACUGCGAUGUGUCGUCCGACAUGGAUCACGACAAGGAUUACUAUGACGGUCUGCUCGAUUUCACCCACGCCGCCGACUACGUCACCGUAUCCAACACCUUCAUCCAUGACCACUACAAGGCUUCGCUGGUCGGACACUCUGACAGCAACAGCGCCGAGGACACCGGUCACUUGCGCGUCACUCAGAACAACAACUACUGGUACAACAUCAACUCUCGGGCUCCUUCCUUCCGCUUCGGUACCGGCCAUGUUUACAACAGCUAUUUCCUCAAUGUCGCCGACGGCAUCAAUACGCGCCAGGGUGCCCAAGUUCUGGUUGAGUCGAAUGCCUUCGUUGGUAGCAAGAAGCCUCUUUACUCCACUGACGAUGGUUAUGCUGUCUCCAAUGAUAAUGACUUCGGCAGUGGGUCUAACACUGCCUUGGAGGGAUCCCUGAAGUCGGUUCCUUAUAGCUACAGCCUGGUCGGGUCGUCGAAUGUUGAGGCUGCUGUUGUCGGCACUGCUGGUCAGACACUUACCUUCUAG